AUGGAAGUUCGAAGGAGGAAGCCUCAAGCGCCGCCAGGAUAUAGCUUGGUAUCUGAUGAUUUAUUGUUUGAAGACGACGAUUUACGUAGAGCAGGAGGAGUGCCUUAUGACUCGGCUUGGGACUAUGAUUCGAUCGAGUCGUUGGAUUUGUAUCUCGUUGGUGCUCUCACGAUCUUGGCUGCAAUCGUUCGACUGUUUCAAAUAUCGCAACCUCCUAAUGUGGUGUUUGAUGAAGUUCAUUUUGGUGGAUUUGCUAGCAAGUACAUCAAAGGAAACUUCUUCAUGGAUGUACAUCCUCCGUUGGGCAAGCUAUUAAUCGCUUCAGCUGGAGUAUUGGCUGGAUUCGAUGGCAACUUCACAUUCAAGGAAAUCGGAAUGGAUUACAUCGAACCACGAGUACCAUACGUCGCAAUGCGACUAGUACCAGCAAUAUGUGGAGUCUUGACUGUUCCAGUAGCAUACAUGACGAUGCGAAACAUGAAUUACUCGAUACCAGGAUCAUUGCUAGCUGCACUUUUACUUGUUUUUGAGAAUGGAUUUACGGCCUUGUCUAGACAUAUCUUGCUGGAUUCCAUACUGAUUUUCUUUAUUGCUUUGACGUGUAUGAUGUGGACUGAUUUCUUGUCUCAGCAACGAAGGAGUGUCAUUGGGACUUGCUCUGAGAAACGGAACAGUAACAUGCCACAAUCACAAACAGGUCUGUUUGUGGUUGCUUUAAUAGGUAUCUCAACUAUACAGAACUUAUGGGAGAUACUUGGUGAUUUACGUGUCACUCCUAUCCGUUUCGCUCAACACUUUAUGGCUCGAGCUUUAUGCUUGAUUGUCAUCCCUUUCAUUGUAUAUACAUCAUUAUUCGCUGUACAUUUCAUUGCAUUGCCCAAUUCUGGAUCGGGAUCAGGCUUUAUGAGUCCAGAGUUUCAAGCCACGCUGAGAGGGAAUGAAAUCAAGGAUUGUUAUGCUGAUGUUGCAUAUGGAUCAAGAAUAUAUUUACGACAUGAAUCCACGAAUGGUGGAUAUUUGCACUCUCAUAAACAUUCCUAUCCAACUGGUUCCAAACAACAGCAAAUCACAUUAUAUCCCUUCCGAGAUGAAAACAGUUGGUUUUUAGUCAAGAAGCCACUGGUUUCUGCGAAUGGAUCCAUAGUAGAAGAACCGAUAGUUGGAUUUCAACGAUUGCGUCAUGGUGAUGUUGUCCGACUCGAACACACGGCCACCAACAAGCAAUUACAUAGUCACGAUCAUCGAGCUCCUGUAACUGAAAAUGAAGAUCAUUUCGAAGUUUCGGGGUAUGGAAUUGAAGGAUUUUUAGGAGACACGAAUGAUCAUUGGCGUGUAGAAAUUGUCAACCAUAAGCAAGGACAAGAUGAUGUACUUGCGAUAUCGACCAAGAUACAAUUGGUUCAUGCCAACACUGGAUGCAAGUUGUUUUCGCAUGCAGUGAAAUUACCUGAAUGGGGGUUUGGACAGCAAGAAGUUACUUGUGCUAAGAAGGGGCGAGCCGACUUGCUUGAGUGGAGGAUUGAAGCAAAUGAGCAUCCAGAGAUGCCAGCCAAUGCAACUAUCGUCAAUUACAGACGACCUGGGUUCUUUAGAAAGUUUUUUGAGAUUCAUAAAGUCAUGUGGGAGAUAAAUGAAGGUCUGACAGGAAGUCAUCCCUUUGAUUCUCGUGCGGGUUCUUGGCCAUAUAUGGGUCGUGGUAUAUCAUAUUGGUCUUCAAAAUCAGGACCUUCUAGGCAGAUAUAUCUAUUAGGAAAUCCAUUUGUAUGGUGGAGUGCUUCUCUUUCGACUAUAGUGUCGGUGAUAUGCGCACUUGUAUUGGCUGUGUUGAUGAAGAGGCAGAUGAUUGUCUUGUCUCCAGCUGGCUGGAGGAGACUUAGCAAUGUAACAUUUUUGUACAUGGGUUGGGCUUUGCAUUAUCUUCCCUUCUUCCUUCCAAAACGACAGCUCUUUUUGCAUCACUACUUCCCAGCACUGUAUUUCAGCAUACUGUUACUGGCUGCUUGCUUUGAUAUGCUAGCAAUGAGAUCACCCAAAACAAUACAAUACUUUGCAGUAGUGCUACUAGGAGUGAUUUCGCUAUGGAUGUAUAUACGGUAUGCUCCCAUGUCGUAUGGGUUCUCCAUGACUGCCAAGCAUUGUGAGAGUCUUAAGGUCAAAUCUAGCUAUUUAAAGUGGAAUUGGGAUUGCAGUGAUGUUGUCAUGCCGGAUGUUGAUGUGUCAUCUGCUGAACCUACGGUUUUUGGUGCUGAGGGUGGUGAGAUUGAAGCCGAGGAAGUGGAAGAAGACUAA